CAAUCAUCCAGAAUUUUCGCCCUCAAAAAAACAAAUAUUUUAGAUGUCAGCAACAACAACAACCCACCCCGAGUAAUUACAGCCUACGUUUCUCUCUUUUCAAAUCCUUCAGAACUAGACAAAAAUUUCAGUUCACCGCUCCCAUAUGGCGGCAAAUUUCCUGGCACUGUCCUGCAUCCGGAGGGACACUCGCGCCUAUGGGAACCUCUCGCCGCGGCAGCACUACCCCUCGAUGCCGACCAAGUACCCAGAGGGCGUCUCCCAGCAGGAAAAGAAGGUGGAAGGCUCCGAGUACAGAGCCCUGUUUUCGGUCGUGGGGAUGACUUGCUCCGCCUGCGCAGGGUCAGUCGAGAAGGCAGUAAAGAGGCUUCCUGGUAUUCGGGAAGCGGCGGUCGACGUCCUCAAUGGCCGUGCUCAGGUCACGUUUUACCCGAGCUUCGUCAAUGAAGAAUCCAUUCGUGAAGCAAUCGAGGAUGUAGGGUUCCAAGCCGCUCUGGUUGAAAAUGAAAAAAGCGAGCGCACAUCCCAGGUAUGUCGAAUCCAGAUCAACGGGAUGACCUGCACAUCCUGCUCCUCCACGGUUGAGUCUGCUCUCCGCUCAGUCCCUGGAGUUCACAAGGCCCAGGUGGCCUUAGCAACAGAAGAAGCGGAGAUCCAGUACGAUCCAAGAAUCAUGAGAACUGACCAGUUGUUGAGUACCAUAAAGGACACAGGGUUCAAGGCAGUCCUCAUGAGCACGGGCGAGGACAUGAGCAAUAUACAGCUUAAAGUCGAUGGGUUGAGGAUUGACCAUUCAAUAGAAAUCCUAGAGAACUCCCUCCUAGCCCUGCCUGGCGUCAAAGCAAUCGAGACGGAUCCACUUCUCCAGAAAUUAUCCAUUUCCUAUAAAUCCGACCUGACUGGCCCCAGAAGCUUCAUUGAGGUAAUCGAGUCGACGGGUUCAGGAAGAUUCAAGGCAGAAAUAUUCCCGCAGGGUGAAGCAGGAGGAAGAGAUUCUCAUAGACAGGAGGAAAUAAAUCAGUACUACAAAUCCUUCCUAUGGAGCUUAGUUUUCACCAUCCCGGUCUUUCUACUCUCCAUGGUCUUCAUGUACAUUCCGGGAAUCAAAGAUGGGCUUGAUUUGAAGAUCCUCAAUAUGAUGAGCAUUGGGCAGCUCCUUAGGUGGAUCCUCUCGACACCUGUGCAGUUCCUCAUCGGGCGGAGGUUCUACAUGGGAGCCUACAAGGCUCUCCGCCAUGGAUCUGCCAAUAUGGAUGUUUUGAUUGCAUUGGGAACGAAUGCAGCAUACUUCUACUCAGUCUACUCAGUUUUGAGGGCUGCCACUUCUCCGAAUUUCGAAGGCACGGACUUCUUUGAGACUAGUUCAAUGCUCAUCUCGUUCAUUCUUCUCGGGAAAUACCUGGAGGUUCUGGCUAAAGGAAAGACUUCCGAGGCCAUUGCCAAGCUAAUGAACUUGGCCCCAGAGACGGCAAUACUGCUAACACUAGACAGCGAAGGGAACAUCAUGAGCGAGAAGGAAAUUGACAGUCGGUUGAUACAGAAGAGCGAUGUGCUCAAGAUUAUCCCGGGGGCAAAAGUGGCAUCAGAUGGUUUUGUCAUAUGGGGCCAGAGCCACGUGAAUGAGAGCAUGAUAACCGGAGAGGCCAGGCCCGUAGCAAAGAGGAAGGGCGAUAAAGUCAUCGGAGGGACAGUAAAUGAGAACGGGGUCUUGCAUAUUAGGGCAACUAGGGUCGGAUCAGAGUGUGCCCUCUCACAAAUUGUACGUCUCGUCGAGUCAGCCCAGAUGGCCAAAGCGCCCGUGCAGAAAGUCGCAGACCGAAUUUCCAAGUACUUUGUUCCUCUGGUGAUUGUCCUGUCCUUUGGAACUUGGCUCACAUGGUUUCUGGCCGGAAAAUUUGGGGCCUACCCAAAGUCAUGGAUCCCGUCUUCAAUGGACAGCUUUCAGCUUGCUCUCCAGUUUGGCAUCUCGGUGAUGGUUAUAGCCUGCCCCUGUGCUUUAGGGCUCGCAACUCCAACAGCAGUUAUGGUUGGAACUGGCGUUGGUGCAUCUCAAGGCGUGCUUAUCAAAGGUGGCCAAGCAUUAGAAAGUGCACAUAAGGUAAACUGCAUAGUGUUCGACAAGACGGGAACACUCACAGUUGGGAAGCCAGUGGUCGUCAGUACAAGGCUUUUGAAGAACAUGGUCUUGCGGGACUUUUACGAACUUGUUGCUGCAACAGAGGUCAACAGUGAACACCCUUUAGCCAAGGCAACUGUCGAGUAUGCAAAGAAGAUCAGAGGCGAUGAGGAGAACCCGACAUGGCCUGAAGCUCGUGACUUUACCUCCAUCACAGGCCACGGUGUGAAAGCUACUGUGCGUAACAGGGAAGUAAUCAUUGGGAACAAGAGCUUGAUGUCAAAGUAUCACAUUGUAGUCCCACUUGAAGCGGAAGAGAUGCUUGCGGAAAUUGAGGAAAUGGCGCAGACUGGGAUACUAGUGUCCGUCGACCAAGAACUGAUGGGAGCUAUAGCAAUCUCCGAUCCACUAAAACCGGGUGCUCAGGAAGUGAUUUCGAUACUCCAGUCCAUGAAAGUGAGGAGCGUAAUGGUAACCGGCGACAACUGGGGCACUGCAAAUUCGAUAGCUAAGCAAGUUGGAAUUGAGACAGUCGUAGCUGAAGCCAAACCCGAGCAGAAAGCAGAGAGAGUGAAAGAGUUUCAGGCUUUGGGCUACACUGUUGCAAUGGUAGGGGAUGGGAUCAAUGACUCACCAGCGCUUGUGGCUGCAGAUGUGGGGAUGGCAAUUGGCGCAGGGACAGACAUUGCGAUCGAGGCAGCGGACAUAGUCCUCAUGAAAAGUAACCUCGAGGAUGUCAUAACCGCCAUCGAUCUCUCCCGCAAAACGUUCUCCCGGAUCCGACUGAACUAUGUGUGGGCCCUGGGCUAUAACCUCCUUGGCAUCCCAAUUGCUGCAGGGGCCCUCUUCCCCGGCGCAGGGUUCCGGUUGCCACCAUGGAUUGCUGGGGCUGCAAUGGCCGCCUCCUCGGUGAGUGUCGUAUGCUGCUCUUUGCUGCUAAGGUAUUACAGGAGGCCGAAGAAGCUGGACACCUUUGAGAUACGCGAGAUAACGAUAGGCUGAAAUAAUAUGGUAUGUUCGGGUAAUUGGAUGGUUGUAUAGAAGUGAAUUUCCUGUUCUCCUGUAAAUAAGUUUGUAGUUUGAUGAUUUGCACUCAAUAAGACGCAGAAAAUGUAAAUAUCCAAACUGUCAGCAUGUGGAAAAUAAGUGAUUUUGAGCAGUGUCGUGGUAUUA